AUGCUCAAAAUCCUGGACACAGCGGGAACGGAGCACUUUACAGCGAUGAGGGAUUUGUAUAUGAAGAAUGGCCAAGGGUUUGCACUAGUAUAUUCUAUUACAGCUCAAUCCACAUUUAAUGACUUACAGGACCUGAGGGAACAGAUUUUACGGGUUAAGGACACAGAAGAUCCGAUGAUUUUGGUUGGCAAUAAAUGUGACCUGGAAGAUGAGCGAGUAGUUGGCAAAGAACAGGGUCAGAAUUUAGCAAGACAGUGGUGUAACUGUGCCUUUUUAGAAUCUUCUGCAAAGUCAAAGGUCAACGUUAAUGAGAUAUUUUAUGACCUGGUCAGACAGGCCAAUAGGAAAACACCAGUGGAAAAGAAGCAGCCUAAACAGAAGCCCUGUCUGCUGCUUUAG